AUGAACCAAAGCUUGAUGGGUAAAUUGGACAUGUGCCGAGAAACUUGUUUUGGUUUGCCUGCUUCGUUUGUUCUAACUCGCGUGCUCUCUCUUAACCCAAGUCUUCGGAUGUUCUCAGCUGCGAUUACUUUGCUAUGUGAUCCUUCGUUAAUGGCGAUUCGAGGCGAUCUCCUCAGCUGGGUACUCCUCAUCAUAUUCUUAGUUGGAGGUUCUUUCAACACUGUCUCAGCCGUAUGCGACCUCAGCCUCAUUCACCGCAACGACAUCUACAACUUCAGCUUGAUUUCUCCCACCCAAAAAUAUCCUCACGGCGUCCUCAGCGAGGAUGGACAUUACAAGGUAGCCGCAAAUGAAUCUGUGCUUUGGUUUCAGCUUUGCGAUGGAAUGAUAUUCAACCAUGAUCCACCCCACUGUUUUGACUGCCAGGAUUGCGGGGGUCCAUCACAUUGUGGGAUGACAUGUAGUGCUCUUGUGGCCAACGAUAUAAAAGAUUAUCCUGUCUGCACUACGAUUGGGCGAGCCUCGAGCAUUGAUGUUGAUGUCAUUGAUAAAAAGAAUCCUAUGACGGGUGUUGUUGUUAAGAUGUCAAGCAGUGGCUCUGAGAUCAACUGUUCACUUUCUGUUUUUGUUUUUUGUGAUUCAAAUGGACUUCAGGGACCAUCCACACUCGAGAAAUUAGGGACAUGUGAUUAUGCUACCAGGCUAAGACAUCCUUCAGCUUGUGCCAAUGUUAUAUCUAUUCACGGAGGAGGGUGGGGCUGGUUAGGUACUCUCACAACCAUAUUUUUGUGUCUCCUAGGAGGGUAUUUGAUGGCUGGUACAGUUUAUCGAUUUUUCUUCCUUGGAGUUCGUGGUAUAGAAGUUAUCCCAAACCUGGAGUUUUGGCUUAGUUUACCACAAAGGAUGCAGAGCAUACUUGGAUCUUUGAUAAGGAAAUUUAGACGACCUUCUGAAGGCCAUCGAAGUUCCUACUCUCCUGUCAACUUCUGAAUGAGGACCAUUGACAUAAAAAAUCCCUUUGAUAUAUUUUGGCUUUAUAUGUCAGUUCUGGGAUGAGAAAUGCCCGAUGGAGGGGUUUCGCACAAGUUGCCCUUCUGGUCAAAUAGCCUUCAUGCUGUAUGCCUGUAUCAGAAAGCAGAGCUAGAGUUCUCCACCGGAAAUGCAGUACCAAUUCUUUUUCUUUAAAGUUACUGGCAUAAACUGCUCGUUCUCUGUAUUACAAUAGCUAACUGGUCACAAUAUCUGAUCAAAGCUAAUGUGCGGAUUUUGAGUUCAUUUUUGUUCUUCAUUAGGUAAUAUUCUUUUUAGUAAAUGGGUCGUUUCUUUCUCUUCAAAUUUGAUGGAAGAAAAUUCACACCACCCAAUUUUGUUGUUUAUAUUGUAAGAUUUAUUUGAACCAUCCAUUUGGUGUACUACCUUUGAUUGGCAUACAAUUGGACUGCUUGGAGACUUCGACCAUUCAGCCUUCUGAGCUGGAGUUAGAAAAUGUAAACUUUUGCAAUCAUGAAUUUGUAACUAAUUAUUUAAAAAACGUUGCAAAAUAUGCUAAUUGAACUUUUCAAAUA